AUGCCCCACAUCGCACACGUCGCCCUCGUCGUCCGCGACUACGACGAAGCCCUCGCCUUCUACGUCAACAAGCUCAACUUCACCCUCGUCGAAGACACCCCCGUUCCCGAGCAAAACAAGCGCUGGGUCGUCAUCAGCCCGCCGUCGCCUUCGCCGCCCCCGAGUAGUGGUAGUACCACCAGCACCGGCAGCAACGGCGGCGGUGGUACCACGCUUCUCCUCGCUCAAGCCUCCACCGAGCAGCAGCGUGCCGCCAUCGGCAACCAGACGGGCGGCCGCGUCUUCCUCUUCCUCGAGACCGACGACUUUGCGCGCGACCACGCGCGCUAUACGGCCGCGGGCGUGGAGUGGGUCAGGGAACCUGCCGUGCAGAGCUACGGCACAGUCGCCGUGUUCAAGGACUUGUACGGGAACCUGUGGGACCUUAUUGAGAGGAAGAAGGAGGCUUAA